AUGGAGGUCCGUUCAUCAAAUAUGCAAACUAAUGACGACAGAGAGCAUGAGAAACUAAUGGAUGAACAUCUCAAAGCGAAUGGGUUUUACCGAAAGAAGAUAGCUAAGGAUGGCUCCUGUCUGUUUAGGGCGGUCGCAGAACAGGUUCUGCACUGUCAAGGCCUGCAUACCAAGGUUAGGGCUGCCUGUGUGAAUUACUUGAGACAGAACAGAGAUUUAUACGAAUCGUUUAUUGAGGGCGACUUUGAAGAAUACCUGGAGAGGCUUCAGGACCCUCAGAGUUGGGUGGGACAGGUGGAAAUUACUGCAUUGGCUGAGCUGUAUAAGCAUGAUUUUGUGAUCUAUCAGCAACCUGGACAGCCUCCUGUUAAUAUAACAGAGAAUGGUUUCACUGAUAAAGUUCGACUCUGUUUCCUCAAUGGGAACCAUUAUGACAGUGUUUACCCUGCCUCUUUUCCAACAAGUUCAGCCAUCUGCCAGUCUAUCUUGUAUGAACUGCUGUAUGAGCGUGUGUUUGGUGUGGAUCAUAAGGUGUUAGCCUCAUGUUUGAAAAGAGGCAAAGAGAAGGAUGAGGAGGCCGAAACAAAAGAGUGCAAGAGCAGUGACGAAUCUGACAUAGAAGAGGAAGAUGAGUUUUGGAAAGAGACGGAAGGAAGGUCCAAUGAAACUGCUGGCAGGGCAGCCAACACGAACAGCAGACAACCCUAUAAGGGUCGUGAGAGGGGUCCCUCACGUGGAGGGCGUGACGCUUUCUCUCGGAAAGUGGAGAAGUCUCUGAACCCUUGCGUCUUCAGGAAUGUGGAGUAUGAUGUGUGGGUCAGCUCUGUAAGAGCCCAGCAGAAGCGUGAUUUCUGUAUGGCAGCGGGACUGCAGUACACCGUGGGAGACACAUGCAAGGUGCGUCUGAACGGUCGUUCCUACAGUGCUUACAUAGAGGAGGUCAGCCCCAACAAUGGCCCUGUCACUGUCUACAUAGAACACCUCAAAAAAAAGCACACCUUGCCAUUGUGGGAUCUAUGCUUUCCAUCUGAGGACAGACCAUCCUGGAGUAGGGUGACUGAGAGAGGCAGAAAACACCAUGUAGCCAAUGUUAAUGGACACACACCCUCUGACUGGGAAACCAAAGGAGGAAAGAAGCUCAGCAAAUCUGUGUCAAGUGCUCCCCAGGCCACAGCAGGCCUUGCCCCUGGCAACCGCGUGCAGAAACAGCAUUCUUGGCCCCCAUUAGCAAGUGUAGAGGAGCAGGCAGGGGCAAGGAAUGGGACUUCCAGGAGGGUAGUUGACAGUGUCGCUGCAGUGGGUUUGUCGCCUAAGGAAGAGGAGGAGAAAGUGCUGCUGGAGCUUCUUAACAGAGAUGAAGAAUCUUUUCCUGCUCUUGGAGCAAGCACACAAACGGCGGUUGAAGGGGGGAAGAGGUCUAGUGCAACACACGGUGAAAAGAGGAGCUCCCGCAAGAGGUCUGACCAAAAGGAGAAAGGCCAAGAGACAGGCACUAAAGAGUCCCAAGUUCAACCCCAGAAGACGUUUCAGAGAGGAGAGAUGGGCAAACAUGCGAAGAAGGGGUCAGUUGACCAAGACCACAGAAGCUCUCCCAUCAUUGAAGAGAAAUCCAAACCCUCGCCCACCCCCCUACCUUCUUUAGCUGGCACCCCCUCUCAACCCUCUUCUGCCCCCGUGUCCACUAAACCUGUCCCAGCCCCUUCUCAGAAUGCUCCCUCAUCCACCCCACCACCACUAACUCAGCCCAAUAGUGUACCUGUAGCAACCCCUGUUGCAUCUCAGACUGACUCCAUCUCUGUAUCUACCCCUGUAUCCUCUAAAACCACUCAGGCUCCUGUAGCUGGCACAGUCCCUGCUGAGCCUGCCCCUGCUCCUUCCCCUGGACUUUCUCAAAUUGCUCCUGUUAGCCAAGCGUCCGCCUCUGUCUCCUCAGAAGCUCUACCCUCCACUGCACCGUCUUCUGUCCCAGCUCCAGCUGCCCCUUCCCUCUCUUUUUGUGCCCCUGUCUCUUAUGUUGUGGUCUCUGACCGCACAAAAAGUGACCCUCCCUCAUCCGACCCUCUUUCCCUCAAACUCACUGGUACUGCUGCCAUGUGUCCUGUAGCUUCAUCUGCCCCUAGCACUGCCGUGACAUCUCCUGCUGUAUCUGCCCCACUUACCACCGUUCAGACUGCUGCUGCUGUGUCUACUGUCAGUGCUGUAGAUGCCACCCCACCCACCUGUGCCUCCCCUGCUCAAGGUGUUCUCUCCUCUGCCCCUGUGCAGGCCUCUGUACCAGUCACAGCAUUCCCUGUCUCUGUUGCAUCUUCUGCUCCUGCCUCCUUGCCCAUGCAUACAGCGGCGGUCAGCUCUCCUUCACUGAAGCCUACCCCUCCCCCCCAGACUGCCCAUGUGCCAGCUCCUCCUGAUUCCCAGAAUGCCCCUAUCCCUGUUCCACCCUUUCAGGCACCUCCCGUGCCCCCUGUCUCUCUGCCUCCAAUCAUACCCAAUUCUUCAGAGCCGCAUGCUGCACCUGGACCUGCUGUCGGUAUCGCUACCUCUGUAGGGUCAGAUUACCAUUCGCAGCCCCCAGCACCCAAUCAGCCUCCAUUCGUCUCCCAGAUUCUACAGGAUCCACUGUACCCGGGAUUCCCACAAAACGAUAAGGGAGAAAGAAUUCCGACACCUCCAUAUUCCCUCCAACGCACUGGAGAGGACUUGCCUAACGAUGUGAAUGUGCUUAGAUUCUUCUUCAAUCUCGGACUCAGGGCCUACACUUGUCCGAUGCAUGCACCUGCCUCCUAUCUUUUUCAUCUACAAGCUCAUGCCAUGCAGUCCAAAAUGCCCACUUCUACCCCAAGCCCCUACAUGCCCCCCUCGUUCCCAGACAACACCAUCAAGAGAGUGAUCCCAUCUCCUAGUGGCUCCUUUGUACCAGAGAGCUAUAGUAACAUGCCUAUGGGAUCAGCAAGAGUGGGAAAUUCCCCUGCAGGACAGUUUGAGCCCCAGGGUGUGGUUUUGUCUUCUCCUCAAGCAGAGCCUCCAACUAGAGUGGGAUACAACCCCAACACUCAGACAACACCUCUGCACAUGCCUCCACGUCCAAAUGUUCCCAUGCCCUGGCCUACCCUGCCCCAACCAGGGGUUUUCCCUGGAGUUUACCCUCCUCCACAUCAUGUUCCCCCUCCUCAGUACCCUCCUCCUCCUCUUCCUCCUCAGUGUGCUCCUUCAGGGGGACAGCUGUACCCACCUACCUCGCUAGGACCACAGAGGCUACCCCUUCCUCAUCUAAUGCCCCCUGAAAUGCUCAAUCUCCCCACACAGGCAUCAAAAGACUUCACAUUAUGUGGUCCAAUGGCCACUGCUGCUACAACAGUGGAAAGUGGACAGGGAGAUGUUCAGAGGUCUGUUCUUCCAGCUAUGGAAAAGGUUGCGUGGCAGCCACCUACCAGAAGUGGAGAUUGUAAGCUUGGGAACGUUGCUAUGGUUAUGCCAACUGUUGAUGCACAAUAUGGUGGCCCUAAUCCAGUUGCCCAGUCAUUUUCUAUUUGCCUCCCUCCAAAGGAAGGAUCAGAACCUCCAAGUCAGUUUUUAGCAGGUAGGCUGGUUAGAGAUGAUGGCAUCACAAGCGUUCUACAAAGCAGUUCUCCAGGUGGACCUGUGAUAGGGCUGGAACUGAGUCCGGCAGUGUCCGAUAUCCAGUCGUGCUCUCCGGCGGAGGACUGGGAGUCUGAAGUGGCACUUCAUGCAGCAGACUUGAGAAACGGCCGUUCGUUCCAUAGCCGAUCUUUCAAGGGAGCUGGGAGGCAUGGCCAAGAGGACGGACGAGGCUUUAGGAGGAGAGGAUCCCGUGGGCGAAGAGAGUAUGGUCAGUGGGGGAGGAUGGAUUAUCAGUCAUCGCACUUUAGAGGACAGAGUGGGAGGGGCAGGAUGCAGAGCUACAAUCAGCACUCCAGGGGCAGAGAAGCAGGUCACACAGGAGGACAGUUUCCUAUGUAAAUCUCUGAAAUACAAAUUCAGUCAUUCUUUUUCUGUGGAUUUUCCAGUUUGCCUGAGUAUUUUUUUCUUUUUACUUUGUUUACCUAUAUUUAGUUGUGGUACACUUGAUUUUCCUCUCUGCUUUAAAGUGAUCGAUGUGUUUGU